UCCUCCCUUUUCCCCAUCUCAAGACUUAGUCGUGUCUUGAGCUUGCGCUAGAACUGGGAAACUGUAAGUCAAUCUAAGAUAUUAUUUUCACUCUCCACAUAGUUUCUCUCUGUUCAUAUGACUUAAGUCUACUUUUGAUUGCUCCUUUCACUGGUACUGAAUUACAUAUCCCUGAGAAGGUCCUAGCAAAAUCAUUUACUUGGAUUACUUGUUGAGGGAAGAACAUUGUCCAAGAUUCUUGGGGCAUUCUGUAAUCUCCAUGCAAAGGAGAUUCUAACAUCCACCUGAAAUCCUGGACAAAUGUGGAAGCAAGAGGGUAAAAUUUCUCAUCCAAUGCAUCUCUCCUUCAGAAGUAUAAUCGAGAUUCAGCUCUGCCCUGGGGAAAAUCCUUGAACAUCAUACCCCGCAUUGAGCAAAUUUACAUAGUCCGUGGCCAUAAGAAAGCAGCAUCCAUCAUCACAGACCCCAUCAUCCAGGCCACGCUCCCUUCUUAUUAUUACCUUUGGGAAGGAGGUAGAGGAGCCUUAGGUUCCACACCACCAGGUUCAGGAACAGUUAUUGCCAUUUAACCAUCAGGCUCCUGAACCAGUUGCACAACUAUGAACUCACUUUUCAAGACUCAGCAGGUCAUGUUCUCAGUAUUAUGUAUUUAAUAUUUAUUAUUACUAUUAGUAUUAUUAUACUUUUUGUAUUUGCACAGUUUGUCUUCUUUUUUACUUUGGUAGUGUUUGUUUUUAUGUAAUUUUUAAUUGAUUCUAUUGUAGUUCUUUGUUCUACUGUGAAUGCCGGCAAGAAAAUUAUCUCAGGCAUGUAUAUGGUGACAUUUACAUACUUUGCUAAUAAAUUUACUCUGAACUUUGUACGAGGAACCCGUCCAGUGAGACCACAGUCCAAACAGUCUGAAGAAAGGGAAUGGAUUACUGAGAAUACAGAGUAACACUGGGUCUACAGAGGAAAGGAAUGCCUGUUUGAUGCUAACAAGACGAUGCCUUAUCAAAAUACAUCUUCAUAAAACAGAAGUAAUGCAAGAGGAAUAUCACCUAAUAUUGCUUCACAUCAUACUUGAGGGUGCAAAAUGUCUCAGGCCACAAAGAGCCCCAGUCAGGAAAAGAAAAACCCUGGAACUGGGCAGGUUUCCACUCCAGGCUCCAGGAGCCCUAAGACCAGAGAACCAGGAAUGGGCAACUUCAAGAUCUUCAUUUAUGAACAGGAGAACUUCCAGGGACGAUUCAUGGAGUUCUCCAGCGAGUGUGUGAACCUGUGUGAGCAAAACUUUGACAGAGUGGGCAGCGUCCGUGUGAACUGUGGACCCUGGGUUGCUUAUGAGCAGUCAAAUUUCCGUGGAGAAAUGUUCAUUCUGGAGAAGGGAGAGUACCCUCGCUGGGAUUCCUGGUCCAACAGCUACAGGAGUGACCGUUUCAUGUCCUUCCGGCCAGUUCAUAUGGAUAAUCAGGAGCACAAAAUCAGCCUGUACGAAAUGGCUGAAUUCCAAGGAAACAAGAUGGAGGUCGUGGAAGAUGACAUUCCCAGUCUAUGGGCCUAUGGAUUCAGUGACCGUGUGGGCAGUGUGAGGGUCCACAGUGGCACAUGGGUCGGGUACCAGUACCCUGGAUACAGAGGAUACCAGUACCUGUUUGAGAUGGGGGAUUACAAGCACUGGAAUGAAUGGUACGCCCAGCAGCCCAUGAUCCAGUCCAUCCGUCGUCUCCGAGACAUGCAGUGGCAUCAGAAGGGCUUCUUCCAGCUGGCCACCAAGUGA